AUGGCGGACUAUCGCAAAGUGCCCCGGCCGUCAUACGACUCGCAAGCAACAGCAUCAGAUGCCACUGUUGACGACGAAAAGACCUCACCGAUGGAGCAGUAUCGCGACGACACUUCUUCACCCAGCAGUUCCACUGCCCAUCCUCCCAAGCGCAUAGCUUCACCGUACUGUGCAGAUGAAGAUCUGGAAGGUGGCAUGGGCAUGAGGCUGGACGACGAUGAAGAGGUUGGGCUAAUGCAAGCAGAUCGCGAUGCCAGAUCGCCGCCUGCAUGGGCGAGGUUGAGGUCGACAUCAUUGGACAAAGCGAGAAGCAGCAGAAGACCGACUGCUUUUGCAGGAUAUUUGAUCUUCACAGGUAUCAUCAUCGGUUUUAUACUCGGUCUGCCACUACUGCAGUGGCUGUCGUCCAACACUGCAGCUCCAGCAACAACAAACAUUGGCACAUCGAGCAGCAUCGAUGCCGCCGACAACCUCCCAGACUCAUCAACAAACGCAUCCAGCUCCGCAGCAUCAGCAAUAUGGAAGCAGGCUCCAUCGCCCGAUACCGCCGUAGGCCACUAUGCACUCUCCAACACAUCCCGCUUUCAAGUCGAUUUCCAGGAUGCAGGAUGGAGCACAUUCGCCCAAGCCGCCGCCGGAACCGGGCUCAGCCAAGAAGAAGUCUCCUCAUACAAGUCAAAGGAUGGACAAGAUCUCAUGCCUCUCGAUAUGGACACUGUCUUUGGUGGCACUCUUGCUCCUCAAACAUCUGACCUGACUUGGAGCGAGGAAGACCCGGACGAGGGUGUCUUUAGUCAUGUCGAUUGGGCGAGGCGCGAUAUCUGGUUGGAAGACGUCACGCACGCCCGGAAGCAGAAAACGGGGGAUGGGACUGUAGCGCCUUUCGGGGGCAAAGUGCUGAUGGUGGAGGGUAAGAAUGUGCUGAAUCAGGGAGGAAGGAUGCUGGAUUGGACAAGUUUCAAGUUCUCACCCGACCUAAGAUGGGUGUUGUUCUUCAGCAGCGAAACGAAUCAGUGGAGAUACAGCAAAAAGUCGCAUCUGUGGUUGCACAACAUUGCGACAAGGAAGACAGUCCCGCUUGGGUCUAGGCCGAGCGGUAAGCCAAAGGUCUCAUUCGCUGCUUGGGCGCCUAAGAACCCAAAUGCUAAGUCGGGAGAUGCGCCUGGAAUCGCAUUCGUCGAAGAGAACAACCUCUACUUUGUCCCUCGUGCAGGCGAAGAUCCUGUCAAAGUGACCGAGGAUGGAGCAGCGACAAUCUUCAAUGCGGUUCCAGAUUGGGUGUAUGAGGAGGAAAUCUUCGGGUCCGAUUCGGUCAUGUGGUUCAGUCCUGGCGGUACCAAGCUGGUUUUCUUACGAUUGGACGAGACUGCGGUCCCGGUGUACGAGUUCCCAAUCUACAGCCCAGAUCCAUACCGAGCAGGUUUUACGACACCGUACCAGAAGAUGACCAAGAUGAAGUAUCCCAAGCCUGGCUUCCCUAACCCUGUUGUCAGCGUCAAGAUGAUUGACCUGGACGAGAUCCGCGAAGCCACCAAGAAGGGUGCUACUGUCAGACCGACCCAGUUCACGCUGUACAGUCCGCUCUCAACCAAGGGUAAAGCAGCGAACGAGGUGGAUAAGCUGCUUUCUAGCGAUGCUGGCACGAAGGAGAGGUUGGUUACUGAAGUCAAGUGGGUCGCUGACUCAGAACUGCUGGUCAGAGAGACGGAUCGAUACAGCGACGUGAUGCGCCUUAUCAAGUUUGACCUCUCUGACAAGGGCAAAGCCACUGCCGCAACUGCUGGUGGCGGUGCGGACAUCGCGGGUGAAGUUGUGCGGAGACAAGAUGCUCGAGCUGACAAGAGCGGCUGGAUUCGUGCAGCGCAAACCAUCGAACCUCUGUCACACCACAAUCUGUCCCUCGGUUCCACCGCCUAUCUCGACAUUGUCGUUUCACCCGAAGGUUUUCGACACCUAGCGUAUUAUGAUUCAGCUGCAUCGGAUCAGCCGACCUUUUUGACGAAAGGAAGAUGGGAGAUCGCAGCGUUGAAGCAUAUUGAUGCAAAGAGAGCAAGAGCCUACUUUGUCGCUGCGAGACCGACGCCAGCUCUUCGCAACGUCUACUACGUCGAAUUGCCGAAUUGGACAUCAGAGACCUCCGCAGCUAGCGACAAGGUGAAGGAACCAGUGGCGCUGACGGAUGUAUCCAGGCCAGGCAGCUUCGAUGUCAGCUUCGAUCCCAAGGGAGCGUACUAUGUGCUCAACUACCAAGGUCCUGAUGUGCCCUACCAAAAGGUGGUGGGUGUCGACGAUCCCAAGUUCGAACUCAUGCUGGAGGAGAACAAGAUGCUGCGCGAGAUCUCGAGUCAGUACGUCAAGCCUUCGAACACGUUCUACCAGCUCGUGCUCAACACUACCAUGCCUGACGGAAGUCCAGCACUUUCCAGUGUAAAGGAGAUUCGACCGCAUGACUUUGAUCCGUCAGGUGCGACCAAGUAUCCAGUGUUGAUUCGGGUCUAUGGUGGACCAGACUCGCAGCUUGUCGAUGCGAGAUGGAACCGAGCUGAUUGGCACCAGUAUGUCGCCUCCACUCUCGGAUACAUCGUCGUAGUAGUCGAUGGACGAGGCACAGGCUUCAAGGGCCAAGCCUACCGCGCCUCCGUCGCAGGCAACCUCGGCGACUUGGAAUCACAAGACGUCAACGAAGUAGCCCAACUGCUCUCCACCCUCCCUUACGUCAAUGAAACCCGCAUCGGUCUAUGGGGCUGGAGCUUCGGCGGCUAUCUCACCGCUAAAUCCGUCGAACGUGACCGCAACCUCUUCUCACUUGCCAUCUCGGUUGCCCCCGUAACCAAAUGGGAGUUUUACGACUCAGUCUACACCGAACGCUACAUGAAGUCCCCACUCACCAACAAGAAGGGUUACGAAAAAGCAGCGGUCCACGUCAACACCGCUUUCGCCAAAACCAAAUACCUCCUCAUGCAAGGUUCAGCAGAUGAUAACGUUCACUACAGCAACUCGGCGCAUUUGUUGGAGCUGUUGACAAAAGCGAAAGUUAGAGGGUUCAGGUUUAGGAUGUUUACGGAUAGUGCGCAUAGUAUCAGUGUUAAGGGUGCAUAUAGGGAGCUGUUUGAGGAGAUGACGGCGUUUUUGAGAGAUCAGUGGGGAGCGGGAGGGAAGAGGGAGAAGGGGAAGAAGAAUAGACCGAGUCUGCACAAUUCUGUUGAACGAGAUGGGUAG